AUGCAUAUCCAAGAUAUCACUGUGUUUAGCUACGAUGCCAACUACCGAUACGGCACAUACUCCAUGUCACACGGCCGCUUAGCCAAGGGCCACAAGUCCCUCGUCGUCAGGAUCCGUUCCAACGACGGCUUUGAGGGUUGGGCCGAAACUGCGCCUCUUGGUAGUGACUAUCUCCCAAGUUCAUUCACCGGUGAACUAGCAGCCAUACAAGAGCUCGGUCCCCAGCUCUUGGGCCUGGACCCGAGAUCACCUGCAGCUAUCGACGAUGUUAUGAAUCGUGCGAUGAUGGGCGCUUAUGCGGCAAAAGCGGUCAUUGAUAUGGCUUGCUGGGAUAUUCUCGGAAAGUCUCUUGGUUUGCCAACCGCGAUCCUUUUCGGCGGAUAUCUUACCGAGAGACCGAGGGCCUUUUCUGUUAUCGGCAUCCGAGAGACAGAAGCUGCUGUGACUCAGGCGAAAGACGAGUUCGGGAAGGGCGCGACUACGAUGCAGCUCAAGGCUGGAGAUAAUCCCCUUGUUGAUGCGCAGCGGGUUAGAGCUAUUCGCGCUGCUUUACCAGAUCAUGUUGUGCUCUGGGUCGAUGCAAACGGUGGCUGGACUCUGGACGAGGCAUUGAGUUUUGCCCGCACCAUCGGGCAAGAGAUUGCUAUUGGAGUUGAGCAGCCCUGCCGUACACUUCACGACUGUGCGGAGUUCGGUCGUCGCACAGGUCUACCAAUUACACUCGACGAGAGUAUCGUCACGUUAGCUGAUCUCUUUGAAGCUCAUGCAGCUGGUAUAACAGGCGUGAACAUCAAGCCAUCUCGUGUCGGUGGACUUACAAAGGCCCGGCUCAUUCGCGAUGCGGCUGUUGCGCUCGACAUGGUCAUAAACUGCGAUGAUACCUGGGGUUCUGCUUUAACGACGGCUCAGAACGUUCUGUUGGCUACUACUACCCCGAGCCAUCGUUUGCGCGCUGUUGAUUUGUUUUGUGAAUGGACGGAGCCGCUUAUUGCUGAUAUUCCGAGGAUGGAAGAAGAUGGGAGAAUCACGCCUAGCACUGAGCCUGGAAAUGGUUAUACGGCUAUUGUUAUGGAUAUGCUAGGGGAACCGUUGGCUUAUAUUACUUCUAAGUAG